UCAAUAUUUCUUUGCAAAUGGCUCAUUUCAUAUUCAUUUAUUUCAGAUUCUAUAUUGUCUGGCCGUAUUUGCGGUAUCAUUUACAGCUGUUUUCUGCGGGGAUCAUCCUGAUGGUAUUAGUAAAGUAUCUCGAGCGCAAGAUGUUUUGGGAAACUACCAGUUCAGCUACUCCGUUAGCAACACUGAAGGAGAACAGUUCAGAAAAGAAGAAACAGAUCCCAUUGGCAGAGUUAUUGGCUCAUAUGGCUUGACGCACAACGAUGGAACUCACAGAAUCGUAGAUUACGUGGCUGACAAAGAUGGAUUCCGUGCGCAUAUUCGAUCUAAUGAACCGGGUGUUGCCAGUUCUGAAGCAGCUCAUGCUACUAUCGUGAGAACUGAUCAAGAUCUUCCAUUAGUGGCGGCUGCUACUUCAAAUGUUGGAUCUGGAAGUUAUGGGGAUAGAUUACGGACUUCAGUUUCCAAAGUUGCUUACGUAAGUGCAGAGGAAGACAGCAAGAAAAGUGAUAAUACCGACAAUGCUGCUAAAGAAACUAGGCAACAAAAUUUUGAUGAUUAUCGUCCUCAGAGUCCUGUUGCAUAUUACCCCAGCGAAGCUACUGGACAAAACAGCCCACUGAGAACAAGCGACUUCGAAGAAGCUCGAAGGUUGCGUUCUCAGGCUCCAACAGCUGAUUCUAAGCCUCCUGACGUUUAUUUUCCACCCAUUGAUCCACAUACAGCUGUAAGAAGACCAGGAUAUUACUUACCAAGAGAGCGAGGGUCGGAGGAUACAUACUUUCGUACUACAUCUAGACGUCCUUUCACACCUCCUUAUGGUGGAUUUGAUGACGAUCCCCUGCCUGUUGACAGGCGUCCUGGUAUUUCGAUGACAACCAUUCACGGUGGUGUAGGAUCCGAUCGCUUAUUACCAUCGCCAGUACCAACACCUGGUUACGGUGCGGGCAGAUAUCCAGCUAGUGACACAUCAGCACGUAGAGAUUUUGGGUUACCCCGUUAUCCCUUGAAUCCAAAUUACGCAAGCAUUCCUCGAGUACCUGGAAGUGUUUUGCCUCGAGUACCUGGAAGUGUUUUGCCUCUAGCACCCCGUACUAUUCCUCCAGGAGUUCUGUUUGGCCAUCCGUCGUAUGAUGGAAGAGCUGGUCCUCCUAAUUUCGUUCUUCGAGCUGUCCCUAUUCCUAAUGGCAUCCAAGCAGUGAAAGUAGAUCCUACAACAGGUCAAGUUUAUGAGAGAUUAACCUAUCCCUUAUUCCUCAGACCUGAUGGCAUUCCGGCGUAUGAUAAGAAUAUAUUGUUGCAUAAUGAUGAUGUUAGUGACGAUGAUGCAAUACGAAAUGACAACCCAGGUUAUUUUGACAUACCAUUAAGCAGGCGGCCGAACUAUCGAGGUGCCCGCAAUCAACCUUUCGAUGAGGAUUUUCAGGAUAGAAAUAGACAAUAUAAUCGUAGCUAUGUUAUCGAUGAAAGAAGUCUGAGCAAACCUUCAGCGAGAGAUAUAGCCUGGGUAAACAGACAAUUGGCGCUAGUUGAAGGUUUUAAUCGGAACUUAUUACCAAACAGAUUAUUCAGAAAUAGUUUACCUUACCAGAAUGCUGAAGAUUCAGAGACCGACGAUUUCGAUGCAACUAGAAUUGAUGCAAGAACAGUCAACGAUGAUUCAGGUUUAUCCAAUCAUUUUCAUAGUGCAGCUUUGUAUGAUAGACCUGAAGACGACUCAUUUUCUCGUAAUCCCAGACACACUGAAAAUCUUACUCCAUCCGAUUCCAAAGAGGUACAAGUUAAAGAAAGUAAAUCAACUUCAAAUGGAAAUGAUGGUAAUUUAUUUGAAAAGGAAGCGGAAUGAAAGGGAACUUUGUUUUCUUGAUCGUUACGUAUGGAUUUUUGAAUGUUGUAAAAUACAAGCAGCUGUAAAAAGCAGCUGUGAAAUAUAAGUUCAGAAAAAAAUGAAUAUUCCUUCCUUUAGAGAAAUAAAGGAAGUUCAAACGGUUCUACCUAGCUUAGACAGAGUGUUCAUUCCGUUUGAGUGUGCAUGAAAAAAUUAUCAUUAGCAAAGAAUUUUAUAGUAUGCAUAAUGUUAAUAAUACGUCUUAUUAACAAAAAAAUCCCUUAUCAAGAGUUUUGUGCAUUAUUUUCUGUAACACACAUCUUUUUUAAAGUAAUUGCAGUGGACAAGAAACAAAACAGAAAUAAUGCAGACAUAUGACGGUCAAAGCAUUUUACUGGCCAUUUAAAUAAAAUGAAGUACUGAAAGUGUGGUAAUAAAAUUUCUUUAAUCUAAGAUCACUAAAAAUGUAAAAAUGUUUAGUAAUCUUAGUUAAAAUUCCUACUUAUGCUUCGACAGACAACUGUUUGGUGAAUUAAAUCCAGUGAACUUAAGGAUUUUGGAGACGAACAAUUAAUAAUUCCUGUGUAAUCCUAUGGGAUGAGAUAUAAUUUUAAUCCAAUAUUUCAUUGGAUUAGACUUUAUGCAAAUAAAUUAUUUUCAAAGGAAGAGUUUUGAUGUUCAUAUAUUUGUUGAAUUUGAUAUCAUUUUGCUGAAUACUCUUGAAUUGUAUUAAAAUAUUCUCGUUGUUAUUCCAUUGUAAUGCAAAAUAAAAAUUACAAA